AUGCUGCGGUUUUUGCGAGAAUGUCUUUGCCCGACUAGAGAGGAUGGCGUGGAAAUGCAAGAGAAUCAGCCUGCUCGGCCAGCUCGGGAGCCAGAGGAGAGAGGGAAUAAUAACGCCAACCUGGAAGCCGAGAUCGAUUCCCUUCGAUGGGAGUUAGACCAGUCGAAGAACAAAAUCGCAUCGCUUCAAAAGGCCCUCAACGAGAAGACCUUGGCCGAAGAAGAAAACGAGGCGAAGAUUCAGCUCCUCAAGGGAGAAGUGGAGAAGCUAAAAUUUCAAAAAGAGAUGCUUGAAGAUCGACUCAAAUAA